CCUUAAAGUUAAAAAAAAAAAACAUAUAUAUAAUUGCUUAUUUUUAGUUUAAUAGUUUUGGUCCGCGAGAGGCAUAAGCAUACAAAAAUAUUCUUCUCCGAAAGUUUUAAGAACAGAGCAAGGUAAAAAAAGAGAAGUCUCGCAACAAUGGAGAGAGUGAUGAACAUCAUAAAGCCAAAGCCUGAUCCCAAACAACUCUUGCGUGAUUGGCAACGCAAAUUACGUCAGGAGUGUCGUAACAUCGAACGCCAAAUCCGAGAUAUACAGAAAGAAGAGAGAAAUGUACAAAAAGCUAUUAAAGAAGCUGCAAAGAGGAAUGAUAUGGUCUCUGCUAAGGCACUUGCUAAGGAAAUUGUGAGUUCAAGAAGAACAGUGAACCGGUUAUAUGAAAAUAAAGCGCAGAUGAAUUCGAUAUCAAUGCACCUUGGGGAGAGUGUUGCGAUUGCUCGAACAGUUGGGCAUUUGUCCAAGAGUGCAGAGGUUAUGAAGCUUGUUAAUAAUCUCAUGAAGGCUCCACAAAUGGCUGCAACAAUGCAGGAAUUUAGCAAAGAGAUGACUAAGGCUGGAGUUAUUGAGGAGUUUGUGAAUGAGGCCAUUGACAAUGCUCUAGAUUCAGAGGAUAUGGAAGACGAGAUCGAUGAAGAGGUUGAUAAAGUAUUGACAGCAAUUGCAGGAGAAACCGCUGCAGAGCUCCCAGAAGCUGUUAGAAAGGAAAGGAUAAAGGUACCUGCGCAGAAGGCGAGCACUUCCCGCGAGGAAGAGGCAAUUGCAGAGGGUGUUGAUGAUGAGGAAGAAUUGGAGGAAAUUCGAGCUCGGCUCGCAAAAGUUAGAUCCUAACUCAGUCCAACGACUCUUUAAACGCUAUUCUUGAUUGAUAUGAUCAACUUUUGAUGAGAACAGAAGGCGAUCACAGUGUAUUGUAUAAUAUAAAUGAAAAUACCAUGCUUCGAAAUACAUGUAAACAUCAGUUACCUAUUUAUUGUUAACGAAGUUUUUUCUUUUCUUUUCA